AUGUCGGACCAAUGCGUGGACCUCUUCUGUGAAGGCGAUCCUGCUUACAUGCAGGAACAGUACCAGAUGGUCUGGAAAGGAGAGGGCAAGGGGUCCUAUUCAGCCGCGUACAAGGAAGUGGAGCAUGGACGAGGGGAAUGGGAGAAAGUCGUCGUGAACCACAAAUACACCUCUUAUCGCCCCAAAGUAUGCUGCAUGUGCCUGGUGGCAUUGCUUUUGUUGUCACUUCUGGGUUACCUCCUGUACCGCCUGCUGCACGAUCGGACGAUGACAGUUGGUGCCGAUGACAUGUCCGUGUCAAGGCCUGCUCAGGAUGCGAUCGAUUGUAACACUGGGUUUUACAAUUAUCAGGUUCUCUGGGAUGCAGACAAGAGAGCAAUUUGUUGUGACCUCUAUGGCCGAGCAUGCACUGGUUCUGCGACUGUGGUCCACCACCCGCACUUCGUCUACCAUGGUCCUCCUGCGCAGACCUACAACUGCCGUGCCGGUUACUCGAACUGGUUAUUCGGAUGGUCGCAACACAAGAAAGCGUGGUGCUGUUCUCACGAGUCUCGCGGGUGUCCCGGUACCUGGCAUGGCAGCUACCACCUCAAUAUGCACGUGGGGCACCACAUCGGCCAUGCAGAGGGGCACAUCUAUGACUGUGAUGCCGGCUUCUCCAACUGGAUGCAAGGCUGGUCGGACUCCAAGAAGGAUUGGUGCUGCUCGCAUGAGCAGAAGGGCUGCGUCAAGUUCCACUGCACCGGCGAAGAGGCUUCCUGGGGUCCGGAAAAGUCGGAGUGGUGCUGCGCGCACUUCCAGAAGGGCUGCCCCCGUACGACGAUGUCACCGAUGAAGUGCGAAACGCCCUGUGAGUUCCACGGAGAGACCGACACUUGCAUGAACCGCAUCCAUUGGACACGAGACCACGUCUUCGGAGACAAGGAGAACAAGUGCGCCCUUGCCUACAGCAAGGUGCAGGUGGAGUGCGACGUGUGCCGAUCUUGCACAAUCGAGGAGGCGGGCUGUGAAGUGCACAUGUCGGGCUCACUACCCUUCGACUGCAACGCGGCCCUCAACAACUUCUACAGGGCUUGGGCCCCGGCGAAGAAGCACUGGUGCUGCACCAAGCAGGGAAAGGGCUGCGAGGGCCACCACCCGCCUUCCGUCGAUGCUGGCUACGGCAUGGUUUGGAAGCGCGUCCAGGUGAACGGCUACUGGACAUGGGUGGCGGUGCACGGCCACGGCCAAGCCAGCAUGCCCUAUGACUGCAAUGCCGGCCUGCCCAACUGGCACACCGGCUGGUCCGAGGGCAAGAAGGCAUGGUGCUGUGCCCACCAUCACGAGGGCUGCGGAGGAGGCCAUGGUGCAGCAUUCGACUGCCACGCAGGCUUUUCCCGCUGGCACACGGCUUGGUCGCCAGCCAAGAAGGCAGGACUGGUGCUGUCGCCAUGUGGGCAACUCCUGCAGUUGCUCAGAAUGCACUGGGUGAACUCCCACGAUACCAGCAGAACUACCAUUAACACCGUGAAAAUCGUCCAGCAUCCGCCACCAGUAGGUGAUGAGGGCAUCAGGACCGAGAAAGAUGCCUGGCGCUCCUCGGUGCGCUAUUAUGUGGGUGCGAGCCGUGGGUCAUACGAGCAGCGCUCUGAGAUGCGAUUCAUUGGUGCAGGAAUGGGCGAAUGGAACAAAGAGGAGAAGGCUGUAUACACCCGAUGGGUGCGUGCCUGCUGCUUGGCGUUGCUGGCGCUCCUUGCACUCCUCCUGCUGGGCUUGUUGUGGUGGUGGUUGCAUCGCACACCCGUUGGUGCAGAUGAGACGCAGCCCACAUUGAACUGCUACGAAGGAUACCAUGACUGGAAGAACCUCUGGACUCCGGAGAAGCAAGCCGCCUGCUGCGAUCAGUACGGUCGUGCGUGUCCCCAUUACCAUGUGGAGCGUGACGUGAUCCACAAGCAAGUGCCCUAUCCUGUUUCCUCGCCGCCGCAAUACCACUACGUUUCCGUCCCCGUGCCUUCCCCAAGCCAUGUUGUUUACAAGACCCGCUACAUCCCGGCGGCGCCAGUCGUGCACCACUUCCGCUACAACUGCAACGAGGGCUUCUCGAACUGGUACUUCGGCUG